UCCCACAGUACGGAACGUAUACCACUUGGCCACGAAAUCCCGCCGUAAUAUCGGAACAGUGCGAUCGCUCUUUCCUUCUCUUCGCUCGACACUUGAUACCAAGUUCGCCUUAUUUGCAAAAUUCUCACCCGAAACUUAGCCAGCUCCUACUCUUUUGCCAUGAAAAACCGCCCGGUCUUGCAGCAUUUUGUAGCGGGCUUGGCGGCGGUCACCUUCCUGAUCCUCUGGGGCGCCGCGUCAGCCGUUAACGUCGCCGUGAACCCUGCCCCAGACUUUGACUUCGGACCCAGCGAGGAAGCGGCCCGCCAAAAUGGCUUCCACAUUUUCAACGCCGUGCACUCGGCGCUGCGUCAAUGGGGGUCUUCACUGAACCACAACGGCCUCUCGCUGUUCUUGGCUACGGUGCCCAACGGUGUCCUCCUCUAUCACGGCGAUGACGUGCCAGACCAGCCGCCGAGCUUUGAGUGGCUAGCCUUCGAGAUUGAGCAUGCUGAGCAGUUUGCACGCCCGAGGAGAUCUCGGCGCAUGCCCGAUCCUCCACUCGGCCUCCUCAACCAGCAUGCACAGGAUGGGCAGGCCAAAUCCGCAUACGACGACGGUGACGAAGAGCCUCACGAGUACCCCGGCUAUCUCCAAAUCUACCGAGUCACAAAGCCCUUCCGUGUUCUCUACGUCGACGGAAUGGGUGCCGGUAAGACAGACCUCGGCACGCUAGACACGCAGGACUUCCUCCUCCGCAACAGCCGGUCAGAGCAUCCGAUCAGAGACUACGAGCGCGGCCAGGACCUGUGUGACAUCGCUGUUGCCUGGGGGCUGCAGGGCGUGCUUCGGAUGGAGGCAGGCUUUGAGAUAAUCAAAUGCAACUUUUCCGACAGCAUCGAACUGGUUUCUGUGCGCCAGCGGCCCGCCCUCGCCGACCCGGGGUCAGAGGACUACUUUGAAAUCUCCCACCUCGAGUACAUGAGAGCCGUCUCGCAGCGCUAUCACGGCAUCGGAUCUGGUCGCGCCGUGCUGGACUUUUCCUCCAUGGUCUCGGCGCUAUUCUACCCCGUCAAUCUCACCAACCCGGAUCCCGAGCGCCCGGAGCUACUGCGCUUGGCAGGCGCCACCGAAAAGCAGCUGCAUGCAAUCAGGCUGCGGCUUGCAGAGGUCGUCAAGGCGCGUGGCGGGGACACGCCCGCAAGCUCCAUUGAUUGGCAGGGAGUCGUGGACAUGAUUGUCGCCCGAUACGCAGACAGGCUCAAGAGCAUGGCGGACAAAACCAAGUCUCUGGGCGCCAUGCGGGGCGCCAUCAACCAGCUCCUGAAUCUCCAUAUCGACUAUCCUCCGGAGGGUAAGAAAGAGAUAGGAAAGGUUGAGCUCGAACGGUGCACGAAACACGACACUGCCCUUCUUGUCCCACGGACACAGGAGGAUCACUUGAUCCUUGCCGUGAUUGAACACGUCACGUCGAGCAUAUGUUCGGCGCUGUUCUCCGUCCGGAAACUCGUCGUGGCGGAUCCCAACGCAGACGAGGUUUCGCUUUCAGCGGCCGUGAAGAUUUUUCAAGAUUUGGUAGAUCGCCUGCAAUGGACAAGGUGGAAACAGUGUCCUCUCUGCGAAUACGACGAGGUCUGCUUCGUGGCCAUGUGGCCCUUUGGAGACACAGAAUCCCACGAACAGCCUUCGUGCAGAAAUAGCUCCACAAUUGGGGACCAUAGCUUAGGCAGCUACUGGCCGCACUGGUCCCAAAGGCCUGGAUCUGGAAACAACAAUCGUAGUUAUGGAACAACAGAUGGCGAUGGCUCGGGUCGGCGAGAUUUAUGAUCGGUGCAAGGUCGGUAUUUACUUGCUCAAGGAAGAGGCGCGGUGACGGUUAGAAUUCUCACGAUACCCCACGCUAUAUAGACUCGUCUCUUGCUGUGUGGCGCUGACGAAUCCAUUUUUUCUUGAAUUUCUUUUUGGGGGUGUGUCAACAAGCCUGUUGAUUGCCCUAGUCAGUCUGACUGCCCUGCGCAGGAGCCUCUCCUGCAGCACAUGUCAACGGAACGCGGGCUCACAAAGAAGGUAUUUGAUGAUCUAAUUACAAAUAUUCCAUAUUCGCCGCCUAAUUAGGUUAUACUGGUUACCUUAAUAUCCAUGGGGCCUGCAUUUUUUUUCCUUAGAGAUUAGUUUAUAGUAGAAUAGUUGUUACGUCGAAAAGUGGCCUUCUACGUAAGAUAUCUAAUUAGAGCGCCCGCUUUUUUCCUGUACGAAGCACCCAGCUUCUGAUCAGAAAUGGACAUUUCUUCAUUUUUACCC